UCGCCAAAUGUUCACAAAUUGAACUUCCAUUUUUCACGUGCAUUUGUUUUUGUUUGGACUCUCAAAAUAACACUCAUCCUCUGCUAAAAUAGAACAAAAAGCACGAUAAACACAAUUCCCAUGAGUCGAGAGUUCCAGUCAGAGUUCUUGUCUUACGUUCAAAGGACGGCGCAAUCUGGAGAAGAAAAGAGUGAUUCUAAAGGGGAGAAAGCUCAUCCUGAAGUCACUAGACCUGAAGACUCAAAAAUAAAUUUACGAUCAAAAGAAGCUGAUUCGGAUUACAGGCGUGGUAGAGGGACACUUAAGGACGAGACUGUGUGCAUAUCAAGGGAAAGACGGUCAAGAUCAAAUGAUACCAUAACUGUGAAGAAUAAACGAGGGAAAUCUCGAAGAAGUGCAAGUCCUGUUAUGUCAAGUCCAAGUGGUAGCAAGGAAAGCCCAGUAUCACCUGUAGAGACACUUCUUGCUAACAGGCCUAAGAGAAUCAUCAUUCCAAAAGCCCUUGAAUCCACAGCGGGUCUGUCGAGGAUCGAAGAAAAAGAACUGAACAAAGCCCUCUACGCAUCACUACAAGAAACACGCUCCCCCGAUUCAAGAUCUCAAUCGCCAAAUCCAGUUGAAAGUCAUACAUUCCAAGAAUUUAAAAACGCCACAAUUGAUUCAAGAUUUAUCUCGCAUUCUCCAGCCAGAAACAUUGAAUCAUCAGAAAUGCCUGGUGUUCCAAGGAAAUCACUCUCCAGGCAUUGUAAAUCUGAGACAACCCCUGUAAAGCUCUCUCCCAGUAGGGAUAAUUCUGAUCCCCUGCAUAUGAAGGAUGACCCAGUGCGACAUGGGUACUCAACGCCAAAAGAUAAAAUGAAAACAGAGGCUGGGAAAUCUGGGAAUGAGUCAGAUGGCGCAGCUAAGAAGUCAUAUUUCAGAUCACCACUGAUCCAUGCCCAGCGGAAGUUCGCUCAGGGGUCAUCACGUCCAUGUAGCCCUAGUACGACCCCCAGGAGCCUCACCCCCAGGAACCUGACCCCCUCUACUACCCCUCAGAAGGCCAUGGCAACCCCAGGGAAUGUAUCUAACAGCAGCAUCAAUACAUCUUCAAAGUUGAUCAAUACAGCUGAUUUCCUAACAUUCUUAUGUUUGAGAGGUACAGAUGCACUACCCAAACACUUGGACUUCACCGACAUGAUUUUUAACAACGAAUCUGUGGUAGACACGCCUCCACCUAGCAGGAAAUCUAGUGGCCACAAACGGCGCUCACGACAAGGUUCUCCUGCAACCUCUAAGAGCAGUAGUGAUAUAGGCGACCUCAGUGAUUUGGGGGUUAAGCCAUUGUCUGUCAGAAGUGGAUCGGGUCACUCAAGUCCUGCUAGAAAAUCCAAAAGAGGGCGCUCACCAAAAAUGCCAGAUCUUAUUCCUGUGACCCCACCAAAAACCAUUAGAAAGAGCUCGAAUCCCCCUGAUUUACAACCUGUCUACCCCAUGGAUGUUGAAAAAUCUAGCUCAUCUUCAGCAUCAAAGUCGCCACCAAAAUCACCGAGAAUGGCGAAGACUGUGCAGAAAUUAAAAGAAAAACUAAAAAGAGUAAAGAUGCAUCGUGAAAGGGAAAAACUGAAGAAGUUAAAACUGAAAGAAAAGACAGUCAGUCAAAAGCGGAAACAUUUAAUAGAAGAAUGUUUUGCAAGUGACAGUGAUCAGGAAAUUAUAUUCAAAAAGAGAAAGAAACAUAGAAUAAGUGAGUCACAAUCCAGAGGCAAAGAUAAACGAUCACGUUCACCUACAAAAUCAGGGUUAAUGAAAUCUCAGAAAUUGUCAAAAUCGCUUAGUAGUGACACUGAUGAGUCAAAAUCCCUACAAUCGAGGGAGAAUUCUCCUUCUAAACAGAAGAAAUUGUUACAACUAGAUAUUGUAAAAGCAAAGUCAAAACUAAAACUGAAAAAAAUCCCUAAAAACCACAAAAUCUUCUGA